AUGCCAUGGUCGUUCUGGGGAAACGGAAUGGCAUGUGCUCACAGCAUGGCAUGUGCUCACAGCAUGGCAUGUGCUCACAGCAUGGCAUGUGCUCACAGCAUGGCAUGUGCUCACAGCAUGGCAUGUGCUCACAGCAUGGCAUGUGCUCACAGCAUGGCAUGUGCUCACAGCAUGGCAUGUGCUCACAGCAUGGCAUGUGCUCACAGCAUGGCAUGUGCUCACAGCAUGGCAUGUGCUCACAGCAUGGCAUGUGCUCACAGCAUGGCAUGUGCUCACAGCAUGGCAUGUGCUCACAGCAUGGCAUGUGCUCACAGCAUGGCAUGUGCUCACAGCAUGGCAUGUGCUCACAGCAUGGCAUGUGCUCACAGCAUGGCAUGUGCUCACAGCAUGGCAUGUGCUCACAGCAUGGCAUGUGCUCACAGCAUGGCAUGUGCUCACAGCAUGGCAUGUGCUCACAGCAUGGCAUGUGCUCACAGCAUGGCAUGUGCUCACAGCAUGGCAUGUGCUCACAGCAUGGCAUGUGCUCACAGCAUGGCAUGUGCUCACAGCAUGGCAUGUGCUCACAGCAUGGCAUGUGCUCACAGCAUGGCAUGUGCUCACAGCAUGGCAUGUGCUCACAGCAUGGCAUGUGCUCACAGCAUGGCAUGUGCUCACAGCAUGGCAUGUGCUCACAGCAUGGCAUGUGCUCACAGCAUGGCAUGUGCUCACAGCAUGGCAUGUGCUCACAGCAUGGCAUGUGCUCACAGCAUGGCAUGUGCUCACAGCAUGGCAUGUGCUCACAGCAUGGCAUGUGCUCACAGAUAA